CAUUGAACAGUGGACUCUCCUCGGCCAAGGAGUCUAGGCAAAGUUGUAUCCUCCGCCCCAAAAAAAAAAAUUCUUUUUAGUUGUUAAUUAUUAUUCUUCUAAAGGGAAACUGUUUAAACAAUUAGAAUGGCUCUACCACUCCACAAAGUUCUUGUGAGCGACGCCGUCGACGAGACCUGCGUCCAUCUCCUCCAGAAGUACGGUUUCUACGUGACAUGCAAGUACAAACUCUCGACGGAAGAACUCAUCAAGGAAAUUCAGGACUACGACGCCCUGAUCGUCAGGUCUGACACGAAGGUGAAAGCCGAAGUCCUGGCGGCGGCCGCAAAGCUCCGAGUCGUCGGCAGGGCGGGCACGGGAGUCGACAACAUCGACACAGAAGCGGCGACAAGGCGCGGAGUCAUCGUGCUCAACACUCCGGGAGGAAAUUCUGUGAGCGCUUGCGAGCUCACCUGCGCCCUUAUAACAAGCCUGGCCAGGAACGUCGCCCAGGGGAGCCAGUCGCUCAAAGAAGGCAGGUGGGACAGGAAGCUGUACACGGGCUCCGAGCUCCAGGGGAAGACGCUUGCAGUGCUCGGGCUCGGCCGAAUCGGGCGCGAAGUCGCGUCGAGGAUGCGCGGGUUCGGGAUGAAGGUCGUCGGGUUCGACCCGCUCGUCGACGCCGAGCAGGCACGCGCGCUCGGAAUCGAGAAGGCGGAUCUGGAGCAGAUCUGGCCCGUCGCCGACUACAUCACAGUACACACUCCCCUCAUCCCACAGACAAGAAAUUUAAUUAAUGAAACAACGUUGGCGAAAUGUAAGAAAGGGGUAAAAGUCGUCAACGUCGCCAGGGGUGGGAUCGUCGACGAAAAAGCCCUGCUUAACUCACUCAAGGCGAAUCAUUGUGGAGGAGCGGCGUUGGACGUGUUUUCAGAGGAGCCUCCUAAAUCGCCCUGGCUCUUGGAGCUCGUGCGUCACCCGAAAGUGCUCGCGACGCCCCAUCUCGGCGCGAGCACAGGUGAGGCUCAGGUGAGGGUGGCCGUCGAGAUCGCCGAGCAGCUCGUCGCCCUGUCGCAGCCCGACUCCGGCUUCUCCGUGACCGGGGUCGUCAACGCCCCGAUCCUAGGCGACCUCCGCGACCCGUCCAACGCGCCUUGGGUCUCCCUCGGCCAAUCGAUGGGCGCCAUCGCGGCAAAGCUGGUCGGCCCCGAGACCAAAUGGGCAGACGUCACCCUCGAGCUCCUCACCCAGGGCGUGAUGACGAAAAAGAUGCGCUUCCUCACGACUGCCGUACUCUCCGGAAUGCUCGGCUCAAGGUGCCAAAACGGGCUCAACCUCAUCAACGCGCCGUUGCUCGCUCAAGAAGCCGGGCUCAAGCUAUCGCUCAACCACACGGCCGACUCGGACGAUCUACAGGAACAAGUCUCCCUUAAGAUCGUCACAAACGCCUCAACCCAUACUCUCGCAGGGACGAGCAGAGGAGGCGAGAGUUGGUUGUUGUCAAUCGACGACAGCGUCUUCAGCUCGGGCGUCCCGCUCAACGAGAACACCCUUCUCUUCAAAGGGUCCGACGCUCCGAAAGACUGCGCCAAUUUGAUCGGUGAAAUGGUGAAGAACGGCGCUUCAGUCACGAACAUGGCCGUCGCACUCGGGCAGAGCGUCUGGAUCUCGGUGCAGACGCACUCGCCGCUCACGAGGCAGGUCAAAGUGGACAACCUGAAGUCGUACGUAUGAGAGUGAAAGGGAUCACCCGCCUCUCACUUCACCCCCUCGUUAUCAUCAGCCAUCAACAUACUCUUGACUGAAGACUCAUUUUUCCAUGUCAUUUAUUUUCAAAUUAUUAAAAAAUAUAAAUAAUAUAUAAAAAUUCAGUUCAAUUUGUCCCGAUAAACCCCAAUUUGAAAUGUACGCAUUAUUUCCAAAGGUGGGAUUCAUCCAAAAAUGUUGGUCAAGAAAAAGAAAAAAAUAUGUAUUAGACAAAUAUAUUAUGUGUGCGGUAUGACUUGUA